UGAAAGUUGUAUAUAUAUUGACACACCAAAGCUAGUCAACUUAUUCCAUUACUACCAAAUUUAACUACUCUUUUUCUCCUUCUCUCAUUACCUUCAUUGCUACAGCAUGGACAAUCAGCAGAGCCAGUUUCUUACUUGGCCUUACUUCUUCCAAGGAAAGACAAUGGAGGAGCUAUCACAGACACUUCUGGUGACAACUUUGGAGCUAGAAACCACCAAGUUAAGAGCUCAAGAGGAGAUGAAAAUGAGAGAUGAUCAGCUUAUGGAACUCAGGGAUAUGCUGGAGAAAACCAUGAGAGACAGAGAUGAAGCCCAAGAGAUAUGCCAGAAACUCCUGUUUGACAAACUGCUACUCCAACAACAACAGCAGCAACAACAACAAAUGCAGCUUCAACAAUUCCAUUAUCAGAAUCAAACAGCUCCCCAUUCCGGAGUCUCCAGCAUCGAAGAUGAUCCCAGAACUGCCAACUUCUCUUCAUCAGACUGCGAAGAAAGCAUUGUUUCCUCACCAAUUCUUGACACAAUUCAAGAAAAAGACCAGGACUUUUUCUUCCCAAAAGACAAGCCAUUGCCUGAAAAAGGGAAGUUCCUGCAAGCUGUGAUGAAAGCAGGGCCAUUACUUCACACCCUUCUUCUUGCUGGACCUUUACCCAACUGGCGCCACCCUCCACCGCCACUCGACAACUACCAGAUCCCACCACCACCUGUCACCAUCCCGCCGCCACUACCACUACCACUGCCAUCACCACAGCAAGCAUCUCAGCUCCCCCACCAAGACCCUUUCAUGGAUAUUACUACUUUUAGCAACAUUAACAACUUUCAAGGACUUAACAAAAAAAGGGUGUUCAGUGAAAUCACUGAUUCUUGCACAGAUACUAAGUGUCAGAGGGAAAAACUGUCUUUGAUUAGGUGACAUUAUGGCAGAGCAUCUUAAUUUAGAAAAAGAAAUCUACUGUACUUGUUAGUGUGAUGAGCUGAUGAAUGAGAUUAUGUACUGCUAGCAUUUGUAAAAAGGACUCAAGUAAACUAGGUGGACUACUCAAGGAAGAGGAAAAAAGAGGAAGCUUGAUCUUUGUCUAUGGCUUCCCUUUUUCUUACAGCCAGUGGUUGAUUAGUUGCAACAUUUUUCUGUUUGUCACAUAUCACAUCUCUUUCUUUUCAUUUGCUGGGCUGUGAUAUUGAAAGUUGUUUGCUUUUUCUUAAUUUAACUAUCAAAGUAACAUGUAAUCUUGUGAUGAUUUAUGGUAGUUACAUGUGUGUAUGCAGUAUGCAGGACUUUUGUGGUUCAUGACUCAAUAUCCAAUUAUAUGCAACAGAUCUGUUUUCUUUCA